AAAGGCCAUUCCAUGAACCGUCCGCUUUCGAUUUCUGAAUUUCUCGGCUUCCUUUCAUUUCAAGACGGGGGCCUUUCUUAAAAUCUUGAUCAUUCAAUGCUUCUAUACUUCUGACGGGGUACCCUCAAAGAAUCACACUAAGAACCUUCACCUAGCAAACGGUCCUGUCAAACCCCAGCCCCACUUCCCCCUGCCGCCCUGAACUUCUGAAGCUUGCAAAGUUGCAAGAGAGCAAACCGUCUCUUCACUUGUAAACGUACAACUGUACUCAUCGGCCUUUGUUUAGCCACCAAACCUGCCAAGAUGGCCGUUCCCAAAUCCAAUAAUGCUCUCGAUGUGCUGCAACAGAUGUUUAAUGACGUGCUUGUGCAGACGGGGAAAGUGUUGAAGACAGGUGGCAAGGACUCUAAGGGCACUCUUGCGCAGGUCAACUCGACCGUCAGGAGCAGAAUCCCGUCUUCGACUGACACGUUCCAUGAUGCUCUGGACGACCUGGAAAGCGAAAUCGUCAGGGCAAAGUCUGUUCUGCUCCGAGAUCUGGAGCAGCUGAGGGCCAAGAGGACGCUCCCCGCCCCAGCGACUGAGCCAAAGGACGUGUCUGUCGCUCCCCCGGCUCCUAUGGUUGCGGACAUAGACUCUCCCAAGCUUAGUGCUGCUCCUGCUCCUGCUCCUGCACCUUCACCCGCAGCUACCGCGGCCACCACGGCUCCACCUCCCGGGGCCGGGUCGCUGAUGAAGACGGACAACAGGCCCGUUGCGCCAUUCCCUAACAUGGGCUUCGACUUCUCCGGGUCGCCUGAGACUCUGCUCGCCAUGAGCCCUCCCCCGGUGCCGGCCCCGGCCCCGGCAGCAGCCCCGGCCGCAGCAAAAGCGAGUCCGGCGAAGCCAUCGCCCAAACCCGCUGCCGCGCAAGCUGCUAUGACCGGAAGACCAUCCAGUGCUCCCCCCAAGAAGGAGUCCAGGGCGGUGCCUUACCAACCCCCUCAAUCCGCGGCUACGACCACCGCUCAGUCUCCGGUAUCGGCAGCGAUGGCGCCCACAUCGAUGUCGUUCACUGGUCCGUUGAGCCUCCCGCCAACAACCACCCCGGCUCCCGCCAGCGCGCUGGCCAUCCCCGAUCCAGAGAUGGCGUUCACCGACAUGGCAUUCUCACUGGUCCCGGCGGCGAACGAAUCCCUGAUGCAGCAACAACCCGAGAUGGACCUGGCAGACUUCGGCACCGCGGACCUGCCAGGCGACCUGCUUAAUCUGGACAGCUUCGGGGUCGGCGCCGAUGGAGCUGUUGCAGACAUGACCAUGGGCCCGACGGAGGGUGUCGCGAACGCAGGCGGUGACCAUGCGAACACCGACAGCCUCGACGCUGAGAUAGACACGCUCUUCAACGAGGAAAUGGAUUACAACCUCGGGGGGAUUGGCCUCGAUAAUAACAAUACCUUCGAUGAUCUGUACUUUGGUGGCAGUGGAGAUGACGCCGGGGAGUCGAACGAAACCUACUUUGACCUCUAAGUGCCGGGGGAAGAUUGGUAUAGUCUGUCAAAAGGCGGUUGACAUGGAUUUGCAUGGAGGCAGGAGUGACGUUUUAACGGUCUUCAUGAUAUAAGCCAUCCAUACUACUACUAUGAUUUAAAAUGAUAUAUGCUCGAACCAAGAAACGCCAACCUACGAGACCCACAGCACGCCUCCCUCAAGGGCCCUGCGUGACAUUCCACAUCCCCUUCAGCAUGCCCGGGAAGGCCGAGUUCCUCCAGCCCGCCCACGCGCCGUCGAGCAGGCCCCAGCCCUCGUCCUUGUCCACGACGCCGUCCCGGACGUAGUAGCUCCCCUGGAGCGCCCAGACGGCCCACUCGGCGUCGUUGUCGGCCAUGUACCCGACCAGGCAGUCGAGGUAGGCGCCGUCGCGCUCCGACAGCCCGUUGCCGGGCCCGCCGCUCAUGCCGACGCCGAAC